CCGCCCGUCUGCUCCGUCCGCAUCAUGGACCGCGACCGGGGCCCGCGGAGCUCGGCGGUGGACCUGGGCUUCGGGGCGCUCAGCACCGCGCAGCUCCGCGCCCUGAUGCGGGAUGAGACGUGGCUGGAGCGCAUCGUCAAGCUGAGCAGGAAGUUCCAGAAUCUGCAGCUGGAGCGAGAGAUGCGCCUGGCUUCCAACUAUGCCCUGGCCAAACAGAACCUGGCUCUGCAGCCGCGUCUGGAGAACGGCAAGGCCUCCCUGGCCAUCAAGUACCAGGAGCUGCGGGAACUCCGGGAGACGUGUCGAGAGAAGCAGCAGCGUCUGGGGGCUUGUAUGGAAAAGUGGACCCCACAGAAUGCUGUAAGCAGGCUGCAGUCUGAGCUGGACGGAGUGGAGACCAAUGUUGAGGAGCAGAUGGAGCAAUUCCUAUGCUGGGACCUUCCCAUCGAGACCUUUGUGGAGUCGUUCCAGCACAGCCGCAUGCUAUCUCACCUCCGCCGCACCCAGCUGGAGAAACUGCAGGAGAUCUUGAAGCUGGAGAAGGAAAAGACCCCGGAGCAGCCUAGCCCCAGCUGUGAAGAACAGCCUGCAAGCUCCCCAGCUCUUCCGGCUCCUCCCACUGUAGCCCAAGUCGCCCCGGCGCAGAACGGGCCGGCCCCCAAGGUCUUCCAGCUCCGCUUGGCACCAGCUUUCUUGAUCCCUUCCGAAGCCGUGCUCCCCAUCCCCGUGGCGGCGGCUCCCCAAAAGUGCUGCCUGCCGACCCUGGCCACCUCGCACCCCAAGGCUCCCUUUGUGGGCUCCCCUUUGAGCCUGAUUGGACAUAUCCACUUGCCGCAGGCUCACUUGCCUCACCAGAAGAAGAAGGAGCCUCCGCACCGGUAGGAGCUGGAACCGUUAGGACAUUUCGACCGGAGCCUCUGACACGAGCUACGAUGUGCCAGGGUCCGAGGUGUCACGACAGCCCUCCGAGGACUCGGUUCUCCCAGACUUGCCAGGAGCUGGGGGUUGGGGGCGGGCUGGGCUGGGGGGAAUGAGCUGGAUCCCUAUUCUCUCUGGCUGCUGAGUGUCAUGUGGUUUUAAUCCCCCUCCCGUCCCCCACCUCCUUAGGCAGCCUGGCUGGCCGGGGUUAUAAUACAUUAUUGUAAGUAUAGGCAGCAGAGACAGGGAAGGGUUCCCCCCCGCCCUCCAAUCUUACAAUUAAGGGAGGUAUACUUAGUUUCAUUCCCACUCCCCACCUUUCGGGGAGCCUGCAACCACCAUGCACCCAUCAAAUUUCCUGUAGAGAAAAGAAAAUUGCAGGCCGCUAGCCGCUUCAUCUCUGAUUUUUACCAUGGCUGUAGGACGGCAACACCCACGGGCGCUGUCCUGCCACAGCAGGCAAGCUGAGCUUUCCUUAGCACGAGCAACUCCAUUUUGUUCACAAGCAGAGAAGCCACGGGGCAAAGGUGUAGGGGAAUGCACAUAGCACAUUGUGAGGGGUGGGGGAUGGGAGGGCCGGUGGGUAGAACGUGAUUUGGAGGGGGCACAUUUUGGAGUGGGUUUGUCCUUCGCCUCCAUCAUUCGGUUCAUCUGUCGAAGUGGAAGAGGGCUUCCAUGAUUGCGGCAAGGGGGGUUGAGGGGUGGGGGUGGGUUGGAGUUGUAAAGCACAGGGUAUGGGGAUAUUUGGCCCAAAGUUGCGCCAUGGCUCGAGACUAGAUUUGUAUCAGAAGCAGGCACAAGGUAUUGACAGGGUAUGCAGAAGAGGGGCCCGACGCUGCAGCUGCAACAAUGAAUAAGGGAGAGUUCACAUUUCUGGUAGGGGUAAAAGAAUAUAUUUGGUGGUGGGGGGCCAUUCUCAAGCAAACCUUCCUCUAACUUGAAUGUUUAUGCAGCCGUUUGAUUGAUACAACCCUUAGGAGGAGAACUUUUUUUGAAUGGAAUUACAGGAUUAUGUUCUCUUAAUCUUCCGCAGAUGCCCAGGAGUUGCCCUGGACAGUUGCUGAAAGUUGGUUGGGGCAUCAACAAUCCCUGAUGGCAUCGUGGUGUUCUCUCCCAUAUUUCCCAUUUGACUUGGAGGGUGCAAUGUGGCAGGUUCACUGCAUGGAAACCGAGGAGGCUUCGUUGUCAUGACUAGGGCCAAAAUCCAAUCUGACUCUGAGAAUCCAUCAUCCAAUUCCCUAGGCAUGUGUUCUAGCUGUAAAAAAAAAAGCAGCCAUGAGGGUAACUAGAACCCAAGGGCAGUGAUUAAGCUGUUAGGCAAUAGAUUCAGGACAGACAAAGAGAAGUACCUCUCACUUGAUGAGAACAUGAGUGGUAAGAUAUGCUAGCAGUGGGUGUACUUACUAGUGGACCAAUUUAAAAUGGGAUUCAACAGAUUAAUGGAGAGGUCCAUCAAUGACUUUUUGUCAUGUUGCAUAACUAAAGGGAAUUCCCUUGUUCAGAGGCAGCAAACCUCUGAAUACCGGUGCUAGGAGGCAACAACAGCCUGUUUUUGUUAGCCUUUCAGGGCAACUGGUUGCCUGCUGGAUGAAACAGGUUGCUGGACAGGAAGCCUGUUAUAGAGAGGGGGCGUGGCUCUGAGGAAAGAGAAGCCGAACUCUUCUGCCUGUGCCAUGUUCUCAUUUGGAAAUCCCUCUGCUCCUUGCUUCUUAGUGUUGCUUUAGGGCCCAGGGUGGGUGAUAAAGACCAUAAUAUACCCAUUCUGUUUUUGGUUUUUUGGUGUCAAGUCACACCAGCAACCCCUAGUGGUGUUUUCAAAGCAAGAGGUGGUUUUCCACUAUCUGCCUCCAUGUCAUGGCCUUAGUAUUCCUUAGAGGUCUCCCAUCCAAAUAUUGGCCUGGGUCAGAGCU